UGUGCCGCAUCCGACAGCACCGUGACGGGUCCAGGUCCAUUGAGCUAACGGAGCUUGCUCCCUUUUGCCAGGCCACUUCUUCGGAUAGCGGCAUCCUCCUCCUUCCCCCAAUUCCUCGAGCGCGUGCGCACCGCACCCCCUUCCUCCCCCCUCUAGCCUCGACGCUGCCCCGACCGCAGCAGCCAUGGCUACGCAGCAGAACCCGGCAUUCAAGGUCGACCGGUACGUCGUGAUCCACGUCGCCACGACCUGCGACGAGCAUGGCGUCUAUGUGACCAAGGACUCGGCCGAGGUCAUCGAGCUGGGCUGGAUCCUGCUGGACGCGAACACGCUGGACGAGCUUCACCGCGAGAGCGUGCUCGUCAAGCCCGUCAACACCCCCAUCACGCCGCUUUGCACGAGCUUGACCACCCUCACCUGGGAGCAUGUCCGGAACGCCGGUACCUUCAGGGAUGCGAUCAACCGCUUCGAUGCCUUCGCCUCCGAGCACCUGACGACGCCGAACCUCGACUUUGUCUUCGUCACCUUGGAGGCAUGGGACCUGCGCGUCCAGCUCCCCCGCGAGGCUCGCGACAAGUCCGUUGUGCUGCCUCCCUAUUUGCAACAUUCCCGGGCCUUCGAGCUCCGCACUGAGUACCAGCGGUGGCAACAACACCACCCCGAGUCGCUGCCGUUCGGGCCGUCGUCCUUGGCGAAUAUCUGUGCCGCGCUGGAAGUGGAGGCCGUCCAGUCCAGCGCUCCCAUCAAGCACAACCUCCCCUUCCACCUGCAGGCCUUGGCUCCGGCGUCGCCCCGCCGGGCUAUGGAGGAAGCCGUGACCUUGGCCCGUGUCCUCCGUGGCCUGAUCCGAAAGUCGCAGCCGCCGCAUGAGCAUCCCGACGUGCUCACCCGCCCGAUGGAUGCCCGUGCCGAUGUUCGCGCCUUCCUGUCCGAGCGCAGCAAGGUCCUCCACAUGUCCGGCCUGCCCCAUGACACCACCCAGUCGGAACUCGAAAGCUGGUUUACCCAGUUCGGCGGCCGCCCCAUCGCCUUCUGGACCCUGCGCACGCCGGAACAGCAUAAGCCGACCGGCACCGGCUUCGCCGUCUUUUCUUCUCAUGAAGAGGCUGCCGAAAGUUUGUGCAUGAACGGGCGUGCUUUGAACGAAAAGGCGAUCGAGGUGUCUCCGUCGUCCAGCCGUGUGCUGGACCGAGCUGCUGAGAUUCUCACCCCCUUCCCGCCGAGCAAGAACCGGCCCCGGCCCGGCGACUGGACGUGCCCCUCCUGCGGCUUUUCCAACUUCCAGCGCCGCACCGCGUGCUUCCGCUGCUCGUUCCCGGCCAUCACCGCCGGGCCUGCAGGCGAGUUGGGCUAUGGCUACGGCUAUCCUCCCCCGGCUAUGAUGGCUCCGCCUCCCCACAUGGCUCACCAUGGUCACGGCGGCGGCCACGGUCGCAUGGGCGGCUCCGGAGUGGUGCCUUUCCGUGCUGGCGAUUGGAAGUGCGGCAACGAAGUCUGCGGCUACCACAACUUCGCCAAGAACGUCUGCUGCCUUCGGUGCGGUGCCAGCCGUGCCGGCGCUGCUGUGGUUGCUGACUCUGGCUAUCCCUCUCCCAUGGACGCCCCUUCGUCGUACGCCAUGGGGCAAGGCUCCAUGGGUGGCAACCCUGGCCCUGGCCCCUUCGGCUCCGCUGCCGGCGGCUUCGGCUCUGGCGCCGGAUAUGGCCAGCACUUUGGCGGUCCCCCGAGCACCUACGCUCUCCCGUCCGGCCUAGGCGGCGGUGCCGCGCCCUACCCUCCGCUGAACACUCACUUUGGACCCGCGCCAGGCUCCCACUCUGCUGGUCCCUUCGACAGCCGUGCCGCCGAGGUGGCUUUCCAAUCGGCAGGCAACGGCCCUGCAUCCGCCGGUCCUGGUAACAACUUCUACUCGCAGAACGAGAACGACCCAUUCGCCUUCCUCUCCUCAGGGAUCGGUGGCCUCUCCGUCAGUAACCAGGAUGCUCGUCAGAACAAUGGCGGGGCGCCACAGAACAAGUCGCCCGCAUAAGCACCAAACCAGCAAAUACUCGGUUAUUACGGGAUGUCAGACUAUGGCUCGUUUCCUCGAAGCCGCCGGGCUAUUUCGUCCCCGCCUUCCACUUGUUGCUUUCCUCGGCGGCAGGUUUUGGGAGCGAGCAAUCGGUCACCUCAGCCUCGACAU